CAUCGUGUCAUGUUAGAUGGCAGGAGCACAAAUGCAUAUCCUGAAAAAUAUACCCAAGAAAAGGAAUGACAAGGUUUAUGACACUGUUGCAUAAACUCCGUUGGCGAGAUAGAGUAUCAGUGUUUAUGCCUGGGAAGGUAUAUUCAUAGGUGAUAAGGUGAGAUACAUUUGACAUUGGAUUCAGGAUGGCAGUGAGUCGUAGUUUAAGAGAGGAGAACACUGGUUCUAGUGGAGUAUCCUGAUGCUGGUAAACUAGGAGCUGGUGAUGAAGAGGUCGAAAUCAUGGUGGGCAGGGAGCUGCAGGCCAGCAACACAGAGGACAACACAGACAACAGUGAGCAGGACAAGUCCUUGUCUCUGAGGUUGUCUUGGUCCCUGGCGGACACUAUGAACUACGUGGGCCAGCUGGCAGGUCAGGUGCUUGUGACCGUCAAAGAGCUGUAUAAGGGCAUUAAUCAGGCCACAUUAUCGGGCUGCAUCGAUGUUGUGGUGGUUCGCCAGAGAGAUGGCACGUACCAGUGCUCACCCUUUCAUGUGCGCUUUGGCAAGCUGGGCGUACUUCGCUCCAAAGAGAAAGUUAUUGACAUUGAGGUGAAUGGAGAGCCCGUAGACCUGCACAUGAAGCUGGGAGACAAUGGAGAGGCUUUUUUCGUCCAGGAAACAGAGCUGCUGAAUAUUGUUCCUGCCCACCUGGCCACCUCCCCAAUCCCCACUGAGAGUCACCUGUUCUGGAUGUCGGAGGUGGAGCACAGGGCGCCGAAAGAUCUAGAGGAUGACCCGGCUGACCCCGAGUACCCUUCCGAGCCUCCGGCUCCCAGCACCGUGGGCACUAAAAAGAAGAAGAGGCGGAGGAAGAAGCAUAAGGGAGACCCUCGGCGAGAGGAGCUGACCCCACCCAUGUCAGUCACUACUGGAAACACCAUUGCUGUAAACGCACCUGCUGCUACAACUGCUGCUAUGUCUAGCUCUGUGCAAAAUGAAGAGAUCUUUGAGAUGGAACUGAGCUCUGACGAAGAGGCUGCAACACAUGUUUCUAGGUCCUCUUCAGUAAGCACAAUGCGGGACAUUGACCCAAAACUACCUGGAGCUAGACACAGCCUUAAUGGCUAUUCAAUGUCUGAUGGGGACUGGCGGUCAGAUGACAGAGACGCUUUGUCACAGGCCUUUUCCCCAAAGAGCGACUCUGAACUGGUGGUCAGGCCUUCAGACAGUUUGCUCAGAGCCGAGUCUCACAUGCAGUGGACCUGGGGAGAGUUUCCAGAAACAACCAGGGUCCCCAAGAAAGAGAGACAAGAACCGCUGAAAAGAGUGACCAUCACCCCGUCGGAGAGUACCCACUUCCGAGUCAUCCUCAGCUCCGAGGCUAUGGAGGAUGACACAGAGUUCGAAAAGGAAGAUGCUGCCUCCUCAGCGUGUACAAUUGUCAAACCACAGCCACGCACCCCUCUCACCCCUCUCACCCCAGUAACGGAAGUUAAUACUUUUGAAUCCGUCAGCACCGUAACCUCUCUGAGUCCUGAAACCCCCACUGAGCCCCUGGACGUUCUGACAACGUCCACGCCAUCCAACAGCCAAGCGAGUGAUUCACCCUCGAAGAAGAAAGGUGUCCCAAAGAGGAGCCAGCAUCAGGGUCCUGAGGAUAUCUACCUGGAUGACCUGAAUGUACUUGAGCCUGAUGUGGCUGCAAGAUAUUUUCCUAAGAGUGAGGCUGAGGCAGCCACUAAGCACUGGAUGGACUCGGAGAUGCUCUCUGGUUCUCAGUCUCCUCAGUCGGUGGGUAGUGCUGCAGCUGACAGUGGGACAGAGUGUCUGUCUGACUCAGCAAGUGACCUCCCAGACGUCACCCUUUCUCUGUGUGGAGGCCUCACAGAAAAUGCUGAAAUAUCCAAAGAAAGGUUCACGGAGCAUAUCAUCACCUAUAAUGAAUUUGCAGAACAUCCAGCAAUUAUAGAUAACCCCAACUUGGUAGUAAAGAUAGGAAAUAGAUAUUAUAACUGGACGCUUGCUGCCCCUUUGAUUCUAAGUCUACAAGCAUUUCAGAAGAAUUUACCAAAGGCUACAGAGGAGGCUUGGGUGAAGGAGAAAAUGCCAAAGAAGUCAGGCCGCUGGUGGUUCUGGCGAAAGAGGGCGGACAGUGCAAUCAAGCAGUCAGAAACCAAGAGUGAAACCAAAGAGGAGUCACUUUCGGGGGAGGAAGGCCCCUCUGUAUCGCAGGAGAAGCUGGCCUCACCACCUAAAGCAGGAGACUCAUCCAGCGACGAAGAGUCCAAGGAGGUGAGUGCUGCAUCCUGUCAAGAACGACUGCAGCCGGUAGAUGUUCCGCACCACGCCACCCCCCACACAUACAGGAAGUCACUACGCCUCUCUUCUGAUCAGAUUGCCAGUCUGAAACUGAAGGAGGGACCCAAUGAUGUUACUUUUAGCAUCACCACUCAGUACCAGGGUACGUGCCGCUGCGAGGGGACCAUCUACAUGUGGAACUGGGACGACAGAGUCAUUAUCUCUGACAUAGAUGGCACCAUCACCAAGUCAGAUGUGUUUGGACAGAUCCUGCCACAGCUGGGGAAGGACUGGACUCACCAAGGCAUCGCCAAGCUCUACCACUCAGUGGCUGAGAACGGCUACAAGUUCUUGUACUGCUCAGCUCGGGCUAUUGGCAUGGCGGACAUGACGAGAGGCUACCUGCAGUGGGUCAAUGAUGGAGGCACCAUCCUGCCCAGAGGACCUCUGAUGCUGUCUCCCAGCAGCCUCUUCUCUGCCUUCCACAGGGAGGUUAUCGAGAAGAAGCCGGAGAUCUUCAAGAUUGAAUGCCUUACAGACAUCAAGAACCUGUUCCAGCAUAACAAGCAGCCAUUCUACGCUGCCUUUGGGAAUAGAACUAAUGAUGUGUUUGCCUAUAAGGAGGUGGGAGUUCCUGUGUGUCGGAUCUUCACAGUUAACCCGAAGGGAGAGCUGAUCCAGGAGCAGACCAAGGGCAACAAGUCUUCCUACGGCCGGCUGAGUGAGCUGGUGGAGCACGUGUUCCCUCUGUUGAGCAAAGAGCAGAACGAGGCCUUCCUCAUGCCAGAGUUCAGCUCGUUCUGUUACUGGAGACAGCCCAUACCAGACAUCGACCCGGAGGAACUGCUCUGAUCCAGCACAUGUGGAUACCAAGAUAUACAUAAACAUGACCUUGCACUUAGACGCAUCUCCAGGAAAACACAUGGACUGGAACCUCGACUUCUCUCCAUGGUUCUCAAACACACACACACAACUGUACAGUGAGUGUGACACAGGAGCAGAGCUGUGGACACACACUCAGACAAACUGGUGAACUUUAAUUAACGCAUCAGAGAUAAGUGGAAGUUAUAUUCUGUUUAAUAGUCACUGAAAAUAUCUCAUCCCUGGGAGACAAGAGUCUAAUUGCGAACUAAAUUAUUGUUAUUAUUAUUUCCUCAUGCCUCUGAAGGCAGCCUAACUCGGCAAGCACUCUUUAGUCGUCAUCGCUGUACAGGGACACUGAUCUGAGAUAAAUCUCUUCUUUCUAACUUCUAGCAGAGGAUGAUCUGCUUCUCUGGGAAGCAGCAGGAGCCCCACACGAGGCAUUAGCCUCAAGCACUCGAGUCUGAGCUGCACGGAAGGAAAACGUUUUCUCAUGUUUCCCAUUUUCUGAACUCCCCGAGGGAUUGAAGUGAAUCAUUCAAAGCAGAAAAAUACGUAUUGUUAAUUAAAACAGGAAAGAAAAUUAUCAUAGGACAUGUGCUGGUGAUAUUUUUGCCCUGGGUGCUAAGUAUGUUUCGACGCAAGGUUCCGCCUUUGUUUGGAGGAUUUAAUUUCAGUUUUCUAAAAGAAAUUGAGGUGAAAUGCGAUACUGGCCGGAAAAUAACUCUGAACCAUUUAAACUCUGUAGAAACAGCAGGCGAGCUACCACAGGUGCUCAGUUUAGUUCAAACUGGAGUUAUCAGCCCACUGCUGGUUUCAGAAAACCACUUUCCCCUGGAGAGGAUUCAACCUUCAACCUACAACAUGUUGAUAUUCCAGGUCGUGACUGGGAUUUACAUUCGCCAACAAGUAUGUGAAGAAGUGCUGUUAAAGAAAAGAAAAAAUGACGCAGCUUCAUGAUUUAUUGUCUUGCUGUUAUUUUAAUGUUCUGUUUAAUUCAAGCUCUGGCAAAUCAGUAUGUUUUCUUAACAAUGCAGUCAUUAUUUAUGAUAAUUGAUAUAUUUAAGUUAUUGAUUUCUAACGUGAUGCCUUUUUGUUUGUCUGAAGAAGGCUUCUCAAAUGCAAUGUGGAAAUAUUUCAAAUUGUAUUUUGUACGUUUGGUCACAUGCACUUAACAGUAUCUGCUACGCCUUGCAUGAUCUUGUAUUAUUUUGUGUCUCGUAUCCCGUUUCCUCAACGAUUGCUUGAUUUACAGUGAAACUUUCAACAUUUAAUUCACACACACGUUCCUCAGCAAACCUUCAGAAUCCGCAGCUUUAGUUAUGAGAAUAUGUGAGUGUGUGUAAAACAUGUGGAGAUGUAAGAGGAGCUUCAAAUGAAGGGUGUCCAUUUGUGAUGUUGCCUGAAGGAUGACGUGUCGGUGCAAGCUUUUGUUUGAGUGUGUGUGUGUGUGUGCGUGUUUGUGUUUGUGUUUGUGUGUGUUUCUUUGUGUGUGCGUGUGUGUGCACCUAAGUCACUGAGUGCUGCUGCUGCUGGUUGACGGUGUCACUCGCCCUCUUGGUCCCUCAGUGGCUUUACCGAGACGUAUCCAACGCACUUUGUCUGAGCUUCAGCCAGAGACACAGAUACACAACUCAGCACACGUCUCCCCCACAUCCGCUCCUCGUCUUCACAGACCACAGUCGGACAUGAAUGCAGGAUGAGGAGUUGGAGUUUUACCUCUUUGUUGUGCGAGUCUCAGUCGAACACCACAGACAAAUCAGCUGCCCUGAAAUAUGUUAGUGUGAGUUAUUGACGACGGGUGGUUAGUAUUUGUCGGUCGCAGGGCAACAUGGAGGAGUUGGAGGAGAAAAUAGUUGUGGUGCGGAACAGACCUGAAAGUAGUAUGUAUCACACUGAUGCUAUGCCUCUGUGUGUGUGUCUGUGUGUGUCUGUAUGUGAGUGAGAGAGACACAGAAAAAAGACUGAUGCUUUGCCUCUGGUUAUCAGAGGAAGAGCCACUGGGUCAUGUUUGGAGAUAAACAGGAAAUACUUGACUGUGCACAGGAAGCUUUUUGAAGUGCUUCACUGUUGUUGUGCGCGUGUGUGCGACGAUGAUGAUGACGAGGAUUAAAUAUCUUUAAGCAACAGGAGCAAGGGAGAAAAAAAGCACAACAGACGAGUUCUCUCCCGUCGAGUUUUCAUUGCGAUAUUAGUCGUCCUCAUUUGACUGAAGUGUUUCUGAGUUCACUCUCUGCCACCGGUGUGUUUGUGCGUGUUUUUCCUUUUGAGACGUCGGCUCGUUCUCCAUGAAGUUUGGUGAAGUGAGAUAAAUAUUAUAAUGAACUAAAUAAAUUCCAUUCUUUCUAUGAAAGUAAAGCAUCUUGUGUGGAAGAACCACACUUCAUCCACUAUGACUGCUGUGGAAACCACGUUCCAGUAUAUUUGCUGAUCCUCACGUUCUCCUGUCUCCGAUGCCUUUGUUCUUUUAUCGUUUCUUUUGUGUGUGAUCUGUUUGCUUCGUUCUGUUUGGAGGUUAACGCUCGUUUCUUUUAAUGUGACUGACCAACAGAGAUACCUUAAGUGUACAUGCUGUGUUCGAUUUGUAAAGAGAUGUGGUUGAAAAUAUGUUUAAAAGAAGAGAAGGAAAGCUAAUACAGGCCUAUGGAAGCUAACAAAGUGUGGCUUGUGGUCAUAUUUGUAUUAAAUAAAGUUUCUAACUGAAUAACUGUU